AUGGGGGAUCGUCGUACCGUCAGCUAUGACACACAGACGGCAGACUUCCACUUUAUGGGAUACUCAACUCCAGUACCUUCUAAGAGGAUUGUUUCUGAUGGAGAGAUUUAUGGAGAUGUUCGUAGAUCGGCUCAGAUUAGAUCGGGAAGAGCCGUGGCAGCAUCGUCUGCUGUCCAUGAGUUGGAAUCGCCUGGAGAUGGUGCCAUGGUACUUCCAGAAUCCGCCAAUGGCAUGGGAAGUCACGAAAAAGAUGGGAUCAAUGCAUCCAUAGGAGACCAUGAUGAAGGACAAUUUCAACCAUCGAAAUUUCCCUACUACAAGCAGAGACUGGACUCCAAUUCCAGCAUGAAAACACCAUUCGAUAACCCAAUAUCUACCUCCUACUCACCGCCAAAGUCAGCUACAAGUUUCAACUCCAAUCCUUUGGGUCUGAUCAUUGGUGGCUACGCCUACAGUAACAGCUCAUUGGAGGUCCCUCCAGGCGACGAUAACGAUCUGGAAAUUACUCGAAAUGGUGGGGAUUCCAUAGGCGAAAUUCCCUCGAUCAAGCACAAGUAUCAACCUAGUAUUAUUCCUCAACCGCAUACAAGACACAGUUCUGAGUCUUCCACAAUAUCCACUUCAUCCACAGCUACUGUGAGCAAAGACAGGCGGUUUGUGCGCUAUGCCAUGGGUCUGUCAAACAACAAUAACUACUCCAAACGGAAGUGGCAGAUGCAGCACGUUAUACGAUGGCUCGAUUCCAAUGGGUUCAAUUCAUCGUGGAAAGACACCUUUAGGCGCAACGAAAUUUCCGGCAAUCGGUUUCUCGAACUUGCUAAUUAUGAACCCAAUUCCAUGAUAUGGCAGCAAUUUGGCAAACUCUUGCACUUGGACAAUGAUCUCAAUACGGUUUCCCGAUUCAUAGGCCUUCUCAAGGCUGAGUGUGAAGCGGAUUCAGUUGAAGAAGAUGAGACUCUACUUCCCGAUUCACCAUCAAAUUUAAGGUAUGAGAGUACCCCAACUCAGCUUAUACCUGCUCCCAAAGCUGACAACCGCAAAUCUACCCCCAUUUUCUUGAAGCAUAGCAGCUCAAACUCAAUAACAUCGUCGUCGUCUUCAUCGCCUAACAAUUCUCAGAUUCCGCUCAAACAGCGACCCUACUCGUAUGUGGAACCGGGAUCAGGUAAGAACCGUGAGCGAGACAUCACAUACAAACUAUUUCGAAAGCAACACUCUAAAACAUCCUCCGAUGGUAAGAGCUCCGUCGAAGGUGAACCUAGGUCGUUUUCAAUUAACAAAGAGAACACAAAACGUGCAUCCUUGCUAUACGAAGAAGCAUUGAGGUCCGCGGGCGAACCUCUCCAGAAAACCCACACUUGGCAAGGCUACGGACAAGACGGACAAUCCAAAAAAUCCAAAUUCAUAAACGCUUUAAAAAAGUACGGCGGUGACCGAGCUGCUGGAUUUGUUAAACAGGCUCAGGGAUUUGGCGCAAACUCCACUCCACAAGUCCCCACGGUCACUUCAUUCGGGAAAGACAUGUCAUCCAGAAGCAUCUACAAGGAAACCCCACCUUACCAGUCAGUGAGAUCUGGCGCAAAUCAGGAAGAUGUUGCACCUCCAUCUCGAAAAAACCUGACUGAAACAGCUCAGAGCACCUCUGUCAAAUCUGCAGUGUCUCGCAUUUCCCAGACGUUUUUCAGUCAGCCCUCUCCACAAGAACCUUCAGCACCAAUAGAUUCGUCUGAAGACUUGAGCGACUUUUUACCAUUGAGAAAAUCUACCCACAAGUCUAUUCUUGUAACCAGUGACAAUGAAAAUUUCAAGGUGGUGAACUUUGAACUUACUGGUGCAAUAACUAGUGAAACAAUCAAGGAAAAGGUGAACAAGGCGCUCGACGUUUUAGCAAUAGGAAAGAUCACUUACCACUUGACUCAGAUUGACUCAGAAGAGGGUCCACCUCUAACGGAAGACCUAUUGGUUCACUUUAUAGAAAAGGGAAACUUCAUGCUUCUCGUUAAGCAAGAUGUGGGUGAUGAGUCCAUCGCCAACACCUAUUCAACCACAUCGUCAGAUACUCGUUCGUUUGAGAUCCAUGGAAAUCAUGAUGAAAAAGUCUAUCCUGCAACACCCCAGUACUUGUUGGGCACUAGUUCAGACCGGCAAGUUGAUUACUGGAAUUUUAAAGAUGAGCAGCAACGUCUCUCCAAGAUUAACGAAGCACAGAAGAGCGAAGCAGCAACGAGAAACGACGGGCAUGCUCCACAUAUACCCUUGAAGCUCUCAUUUCCAAUUCAAAAACGAGAAAAAAGUUCAGGAACAACACCAGCACUCAAGAUUAGCAUUGAUAAUUCGACUUCAUCGAAACUGGUCCCUCUGUCUUCCGCACUGGAAUCCAAGCUGCCAGCGUCGUUCCGUGUCUUGCGAAGAGAGGGUCAUGAAAUUGAUUUCGAUAAGCGAAGAUUGUCCCCUUAUGACUCAAAAGCGCCAAAGUUGAUUCGUAAUAUAUACUCCUCGUCGGUGUCAGAUACGCUGAAAUCACCAGUUUUGGCCACAACAGUCUCAACGCUAAAGGACAAUAAUAACUCUUCUGUCGAAGUGGAGAAACAAAAUAGCAUUGUUGCACGGCGAGCAGCGCCCCCACCACCAUUGCUGAACAAGAGCAGCUUCAACGGCCACAAUCAUCUUGGUGUAAGACAAGGAAGCUUGAAGUUACUGCCUGGAAUGUCCGAUACUUCGAUGUCCAGUAACUCUACCAUGCUGAGUGAGUGGUCGUUUUCUUUGCCCAGAAAAGCUGCAAGCAAGCGUGUGAAUUCGUCCAAGUUACUGCGUAAACCACCAGCUAGUAUUGACGUUUUCAAAGAAAAUGAAAUCUCUUUCGACGAUGUGCCGCUGCUCGAGAUUUCACAAACAAAUUCUGAAGAAGAGUUCUUCGUCAAGCCGAUGGAAAGUGACGAAUUUUUCAUGAAGAGCUUCCAAGCCAACCAAAAAUCAGACGGAACUAAGAAGGGAGUUAUGCUUAAGGACGAGAGCUUUCAAUUUGAUGAGUCAUGGAAACAAGUCGACAAUGUUCCUAUGGAUGUUCGGCCCCCUGUUGAGGAAGUGUACCGAAAUCUUGAGAAAUACUUUCCGAACACCAAUUUGGACAAACCUAUCAUUGAAGCAGAUCCCGUUUCUCCACUAGUCAAGGACCCAAUGAAAGAGCGAAUGACCAUUUCACGCACAUUUUCCAAUGCUAACUUGUCUCCAGACAUUCCUACGAAUAACAGCGACGAUGUAUAUUACGAUGAGCCCGGUUCAGGAAACUCUCUCGCGAUCAGGAGAAUGAAAACUAUUCGGGUUGUUGCCAAUGAGGCCCAUAGGAAACGGCUCGAGAGAAAGAGGCUCUCCAAGAGAGGCUACAGGAACGUCGAAAACGACUCAAAAGGUGGUAAUGCUCUUGCACGAUCAAACACAAAAAUGUGGGGACAGAAAGUAUUUGAGGUUACAUCGACAGAAAUUGAAAAAGGAUUUGUGUCCAAGAUUAAGAACAAUAAUGGAGAAUUUGAGGAGUUUGCUUGGAUUAAGGGUGAGCUUAUAGGCCGUGGUUCUUUUGGUUCCGUAUACUUGGCAUUGAAUGUGACUACUGGAGAAAUGCUAGCGGUGAAGCAAGUUGUGCUUUCAAAAAUAGCCACCAAUUUGGACGGUAUAAAUGCCCUUCAUAAGGAAGUGGAGACGAUGAAGGACUUGGACCAUGAAAACAUUGUGCAAUACUUGGGAUUCGAAAGACAGGGCCGAAUCUACAGUUUGUUCCUCGAGUAUGUUGGAGGAGGUUCGAUAGCCUCUUGCAUGAAAUUCUAUGGUGGCUUUGAGGAACCACUUAUUAGGUUUAUUUGCCGACAAGUGUUGCGAGGGCUUGAAUACUUGCACUCCAAUGGGAUUCUUCAUCGUGAUUUGAAAGCAGAUAACUUGCUUUUGGAAAUCGACGGAACCUGCAAAAUAUCAGAUUUCGGUAUAUCCAAGCGAUCAAAAGAUAUUUACACAAAUAACGCAGACAUGUCCAUGCAAGGUUCUGUGUUCUGGAUGGCACCAGAGGUGAUAGACAGCAUAGUUGAGGACAAGAAAAAGGGUUAUAGUGCCAAGGUGGAUGUGUGGUCUUUGGGGUGUGUGGUCUUGGAGAUGUUUGCCGGGCAUCGGCCAUGGUCCAACGAGGCAGUUGUAAGUGCAAUCUACAAGAUUGGAAAGACCAAGCUGGCACCGCCAAUACCGCGAGAUAUUGACCAUUUGAUUUCAACUCAUGCCAAAAGCUUCAUCAACCAGUGUUUCACCAUCGAUGCCGAGAAGCGGCCUACAGCUCACCAAUUGUUGCAGCAUCCAUUUAUUGAGGAGGAUCCAGAGUUCAAGUUUGAACGCACCCGGUUAGCCCAGAACAUCAGGUACAAUGCUCGACGCAGUAGUCUUGGACGGGAAUAA